GUUAAAGUUGCUGUACCCGCGUGGACGACCAGUCGCUGCUGUCCUCUGAUGCGAGAAUAUAAGACAACACUUCCGUUCUCAACUUGCACAUUUUCAGCCGGUCUUUUACACAGGCGAUUAUUUUCUUCGUUAAUUCACUAACAAGGUGUUAUUGGCUGAAUAAUUCUCUCCAGAGACCACUGAGUGACAAUUGUCUCCAAAUGGAUCCUACGGGCUUAUUUAAUAGUGGCACUUUGUCGGCCUUUCAACGCACCGGCCCAAUUACUACCGCGGCUGAUUUCCAUCCUUAUCUCGACUGGCUGGGAUCAUUUCCUGUGCCCACUAUUAAAGAAAUGGAAGCUUGUCUGAUGAAUGCCACACAGGGAGCCAGUUCGCCUCGCGAUCGAAUUAUGGCCGAACUGGCAUCAGAGAAACGGAAUAGUCCAGCGGAGAAAUUCAUCACAUCGGAAGAGAAUGAUGAGGACGAUUGCAGUUCGGAAGAUGAGGAAGGCUCCAAAUUACCCAAGCCAAGAGCGCAUGUAGGAAAAAGGGACGGGAAAAGGAGCUCGACGUCGCCUACGCCGCAUCAACCUUCGGAACAACCGAAGCCGCUCCAUCCAAAACUCAUGACGGUGGAUGCGGUGCUCGAGACGAAAAACUUGUGGGAUGAGUUCAAUGAACUCGGGACGGAAAUGAUUGUUACAAAGGCAGGUCGCAGGAUGUUUCCAACAUUUCAAGUCAAGCUGUUCGGAAUGGAUCCCAGUGCCGAUUACAUGCUGAUGAUGGAUUUCGUACCCGUUGACGACAAACGCUGGCGAUAUGCUUUUGGAAGCAGUUCCUGGGUCGUCGCCGGCAAAGCCGAUGCGAACAUGCCCCCAAGAAUCCAUGUCCAUCCCGAUUCACCGGCAAAAGGCGUACACUGGACGAAACAGGUUGUUAGCUUUGAUAAGUUAAAACUUACCAACAACCAACUGGACGACAACGGACAUAUAAUCCUGAAUUCGAUGCAUCGUUAUCAACCACGUUUUCACGCCGUUUAUGUCGGGAGCAAAGAUGAGAACAUGUCGCUGACGGAAAACUUUAAGACAUUUGUUUUCAACGAGUGUCGCUUUUGGGCUGUCACCGCCUACCAGAACCAUCGCAUUACCCAGCUAAAAAUCGCCAGCAAUCCGUUUGCCAAAGGAUUUCGAGACUGCGAUACAGAUGACUGCUCGGUGACAGAAGUGUUGACAAAUUCACAACAAAGCCAACGUCGCGUGGUCGAGUCGGCGUCAGCCUGCAUGACACGCCCAUCGCCUUAUCCUUUGAUGUCGCAAAGUGCAUCUCCCGGGACUAUGUCUUCCGCUGCUUCCUUUUACAGCCAAUUCAAAGCUACCAAAGACACACUAAACGGUUCAGCUGAUCUUGUGGCCAGGAUCUUCAAUCCUCCGCUGUCCAGUGACGCAAUCCAGUCGGUUCAGUUCAGCUCCGGAAGUCCGCUUUCUCCACAAACCACACCUACCUCCCCGACAUUUACCUAUGGAAUGGAUGCCUACACGUCACCCUAUACCGGUUCCGAUGUCUGCUCGUACAUGAGCAGCGCAAGCCUGUCGUCGCUACAUAAUCCCAGACCCGCUCCUUAUCCGCGACCGUCAUCCGUUUAUCCUUAUGGAUACUAUGGACAAAAUACCGCACGACAACUGGCAUCGUAUAAAUACCCCUGUUCGGGGCAUCAGUAUUAGCUGUACUUAUUGUUUUACAUGUCGGAUGGCACUCUUGUUGCGAAGUUAAAAUUUAUUUCACCGUAGCUGUACAUAUUAAUUGUAAGUGCUCGUGUAAAACUACGAACUGUCAAAAUACUCUAUUUAACUGUUGCUUUUUGCUGUUGUUUUUUUGUUUGACUUCAGAGGCUGUGACCGUCGUACAUGGAGUUUGGUAUAAAAAAUGGUUUUAAAAAGCUACAUAAA